UUCUAAGUGUGAGGGCUAAAAUAUAAUUAAACAAAACAAAAUUUUGCUAUAUUUUGUUUACCAAUGACAGUUAUGCAAUAUUAAUGUUAAAUUGAUUGUAAAUAAUUUUUAUAAAAAGCUAAUAAUUCUUGAUUCAACUUAUAUAUAGAACAUUGUACUGGUAGGCAGACAACCUAUGACCGCAUCAACCGAAGUUAGUUAGUACGUAUAGCCAACUAAUUAUGCAUCAGAGCCUCUCAUUUAAUUCUAUAUAUACACUUAGAUAUUUUUUUCUGACCAUUUAUUUACCAACAUUUGUUACCUUGGACGCAUGCCAGCUUACAACUGCAAUUACAGGAUCAUCACCACAUUUGCAUUUAAUUAUUGCUUACUAAAGAAACUUGCAAUCAAUAAAUUCUUACCAGGAGUGUUUUGUUUGAUCAAUGAGAGUGUAUUGUGUUUGAGCAACAAGCUGAUGUCGAAUUUAGAAGAGGCGCCUCAGGAAAAGGCUGGUGCAUCGCAACCGAUGCAGGCUCAGGCAGCUGGUCCAGCACCGGUGUCUGCUGAUCUCGAGAACCAGAGAGCAGUACAUGAUGGAUUUGGGGUGGCGGCGAUUGUGAACAAGUGGAAUAGAGAUGAUAAGUUGAAGAGAGCGUCAUGGGCGUUACGAGGAAUCGCCUUGUUGUUUUCUUUGGUUUCAUUCCUUGUCAUGGCCUGUAAUAAACAUGGCGGUUGGGAGAACUUUGACAAUUAUGAAGAAUAUCAGUACCUUCUUGCGAUAGCUAUCUUGUCGACACUGUAUACAGGAGCACAAGUUGCCAGACAAGUUCAGGAGCUUCGUACUGGGAAAGAAUAUCUUUCUCCUCGAAUGCUGGUGGUCCUUAAUUUCAUUGGUGAUCAGAUUAUGGCGUACCUGUUGAUGUCAGCAGCAUCCGCGGCAGUGCCAUUGACAAACAGGAUGAGAGAAGGAUCAGACACGAUAUUCACAGACUCCUCAUCUUCAGCCAUUAGCAUGGCUUUCUUGGCAUUCUUCGCACUUGCACUUGCAGCCCUUGUAUCUGGAUACAAACUCUGUACCUAUUCUUAUAUCUAAACAUGUCAUUUCUUCUCAACUGCUUUUUGGCAGAUACAUUGCCUACACUUUGUAUGUCUUAUGUACAAUGCUCUCAAGUAUGAGCUCCCUUGUAUCCUACAAUUGUUAUAUUUGACAGAUAUGAUAUAUUGAUCUCAUACACA